AUGAAACUCCACCGGGGCCUUUUCGCAGGAGCCACCCUCCUCUCGGCUCUUGUGUUUCAGACGGAUGCGCUGGCAUUUUCGCUCUCUGCACUGGUCAGGAGUGCUUUUGAAUCGAAACAGACCUCGAGCGACGCAGGCUUCCUUCCCAAGACUGAAAAGGAACCUGGCUCGGGUGACGAUCUUCCUUCUUCACUGGACGAAAACUCGAGGGAAUUACAAGAGGAACUGUCUGCAGUGCCUCCUACCAGCGCUCCAGAGAACAACGAGACCGACACCGCACCACAACAACCCGAGGACGAGGAACCAGAACCCCCCGUCGAAGAAACAAAUGCUCCCGAUGGCGCAAAUGCCGCUACCGGUCCUGGCUCCGAGGAGGAGGAGGAACGUGACGAGGGUGCGGAGAACAACUCUAACGAGGGUGAGGAGGAUGGCGUGACUGCCGGUCGCCGUCUCGGCUCCGAGGAGGAGGAGGAACGUGACGAGGGUGCGGAGAACAACUCUAACGAGGGUGAGAAGAGUGACGUGACUGCCGGACGCCGUCUUGGCUCCGAGGAGGAGGAGGAGCAACGUGACGAGGGUGCGGAGAACAACUCUAACGAGGGUGAGAAGGAUGGCGUGACUGCCGGUCGCCGUCUCGGCUCCGAGGAAGAGGAGGAGCAACGUGACGAGGGUGAGGAGAACAACUCUAACGAGGGUGAGAAGGAUGGCGUGACUGCCGGUCGCCGUCUCGGCUCCGAGGAGGAGGAGGAACGUGACGAGGGUGAGGAGAACACCUCUGACGAGGGUGAGAAAGGUGACGCGACUGCCGGUCGCCGUCUCGGCUCCGAGGAGGAGGAGGAACGUGACGAGGGUGAGGAGAACACCUCUGACGAGGGUGAGAAAGGUGACGCGACUGCCGGUCGCCGUCUCGGCUCCGAGGAGGAGGAGGAACGUGACGAGGGUGUGGAGAACAACUCUAACGAGGGUGAGAAGGAUGGCGUGACUGCCGGUCGCCGUCUUGGCUCCGAGGAGGAGGAGGAGCAACGUGACGAGGGUGCGGAGAACACCUCUGACGAGGGUGAGAAAGGUGACGCGACUGCCGGUCGCCGUCUCGGCUCCGAGGAGAAGGAAGAACGUGACGAGGGUGCGGAGAACAACUCUAACGAGGGUGAGAAGGAUGGCGUGACUGCCGGUCGCCGUCUUGGCUCCGAGGAGGAGGAGGAGCAACGUGACGAGGGUGCGGAGAACAACUCUAACGAGGGUGAGAAGGAUGGCGUGACUGCCGGUCGCCGUCUCGGCUCCGAGGAGGAGGAGGAACGUGACGAGGGUGCGGAGAACAACUCUAACGAGGGUGAGAAGGAUGGCGUGACUGCCGGUCGCCGUCUCGGCUCCGAGGAGGAGGAGGAACGUGACGAGGGUGCGGAGAACAACUCUAACGAGGGUGAGAAGGUUGGCGUGACUGCCGGUCGCCGUCUCGGCUCCGAGGAGGAGGAGGAACGUGACGAGGGUGCGGAGAACAACUCUAACGAGGGUGAGAAGGAUGGCGUGACUGCCGGUCGCCGUCUCGGCUCCGAGGAGGAGGAGGAACGUGACGAGGGUGCGGAGAACAACUCUAACGAGGGUGAGAAGGAUGGCGUGACUGCCGGUCGCCGUCUCGGCUCCGAGGAGGAGGAGGAGCAACGUGACGAGGGUGAGGAGAACACCUCUGACGAGGGUGAGAAAGGUGACGCGACUGCCGGACGCCGUCUUGGCUCCGAGGAGGAGGAGGAGCAACGUGACGAGGGUUCGGAGAGCAACUCUGGGGAGGGUCACUCGGAGUAG